CUUAAAAAGUCACCUUGUAAUUUUUAAAUGUCUUUUCCAUCCUACAAAUAAUAUAUUUUCAUUAUAACAUUUCAAUUUUUUUAAACAGAAGGGUGCUGGCUGACUAUUGGUUGUCAUUAGUAUAAUCGAAUUUCAAAAUAGUUAUAAUCAGCAAAUUCAACUCUACAGUCUUUAUUACUCGCUGGAUAUUUUUAUUAUAAGUAUGAAGCUUCGCAAACCAGAUGAAGGUUGGGCAUGGAUAUUUUUGGCAGCUUCAUUUUGCUGCUCUGUUCUUGUGAUUGGAAUGAUAAUGGGAUCGUCUGGAGUUUUAUUUUUUGCCAUUACAACAAAAUUCCAUGUACCACGUCGACAGUCUGCAUGGCCAUUUACCGUUAGAAAAUUUUCUAGUGCAAUUUCAGCCCUGUGUACUGGAUUUCUGUCACAUUUCAUAAAACUCAAAACGUUAGUAUUUAUCGGAGUAACCAUUAGUACGAUUGGAUUAGCAGGAUGCUAUUUUAUUUCUAGUAUUCUUGCAAUUUCUAUACUGUAUGGAGCGUUAUUAGGAAAGUACAGAUUUGGAGUUGGUAUGAUUAAUAAUGUCAAUAUCAUUAUGGUAAAUCGAUGUUUUAAAAAGUACAGAACUGUAGCAGUAGGUGUUGUAUAUGCAGGCGUAUCUACAGGAGAAAUUAUAUUUCCUAUAAUAAGCUCUAUUCUAAUAGAUACAUAUGAGAUACAAGGAUGCUUUCUUCUGUUAUCGGGAUUUCUUAUGCAAGCAUUUGUGGCUAUUUCUUUAUACCCACACCCUCCACCUCUCGAACAAAGUAAAAAUGAAACAACCAACGAGAAAAAUGUCAAAAUAGUUACAGUUCUAUUAUCUUUUCUGGAAUUAUUUCGUACCGUAAUGUUUCACAUCAUCUGGAUUACAAUAGCUGUAUAUAGUUUAACUUAUAUUAUAUACUUCACUAUUGUAAUGGACUAUGCAAUCGAUUGUGGAAUAUCUAAAAGUACUGCUAUUUAUAUCCCUUCUACUAUUUCCAUAACUGUACUUUGUGGACGAUUAUGCUGUGGAUGGUUAAUAGAUUUAAGAUGGAUGAAUAGGAAAACAAUGGUAGCAUUGGCAUUUUUCCUGCAAGCGUCAACAUACGUCAUAAUUCCAUUUUGGAAAACGCAAAUCGCUUUCUUCGUAACAGCCUGUUGUAUUGGAUUUACAGUCAGUUGUUUGAGUAUAAAUGUUUCUCCAUUAUACACUGAUUAUUUAGGAUUAAAAAAUCUUCCAUUGGGAAUAGGAACAGGAAAAGCAUUGAACGGUUUCCUUCAUUUUUCUUCACCAAGUAUUUUAGGCUAUUUCAGAGAUGUCGGAGGAAAUUACGAUGCGAUGUUUUUUUAUUUCGGAGGAGUUUGUCUAAUGGCUUCUGUUACGUGGUUAAUAGAACCGAUUAUUAUAAAAGUCACAACAAAAAAAUCCAUGGAACCACAAAACAGUACCUGAGAGUACUUUUAUCAUUUAAUUUCAUAUUAACAAUGUUUGCACGUAUCUGAAAUAUGUGAAAUUUCAUACAGAAGACCCUGUAGAAGGUAAGAUUAAAAUGAAAUUUCUGAAGACAUUUUAAUUAUUGUAUUUAAUGAAAAUAUUUAUUUAGGUUU